ACACUUUAAAUAUGAUUCAUGAUUUUACAUUGACAAUAUGUGAUAUUAGCAGGAUAAACUGGACACUUCCACUCAAUCACAGCAAUGGAGGAUUAUCAUGAUAUUUUGAGAAGUUGGAUGAGAGUGAUUUCUCUGGUCUUCUUCUACCUGACGUUGAUCCUCGGUGUUCCUGGAAAUGCAUUUGUCGUGUAUGUUGUUGGAUUGAAGAUGAAGAGGACUGUUAAAACAGUAGGGUUUCUCAAUCUAGCGAUUGCUGACCUCUUGUGCUGCCUUUCCCCUCUUUUCACUGUGACCAAGAGUACUAUUGGCUACUGGCCUUACGGAUCCAUAAUGUGCAAGAUUCUCCCCUUCAUUAUGCUCAUCAGCAGGUUUGCCAGCGUUUUCACACUGAGCUUGAUUAGUCUGGAUCGGUUUACACGGGUGAUCACACCGGUUUGGGCUCAGAAUCAUCGCAGCUUGUUCAUCGCACGACUGUCCUGUGCAACAGCUUGGAUUCUGGCCUCACUUCUUAGUCUGCCUUUUAUGAUGUUAAGAGAGACUUACACAGAAAACAAUAAAACACAGUGCCGGCCUUAUCAACGUAAUGAAGAACAUUUUGAAUUGUAUGGAAUGUUAAGCAUCAUCAGAUUUGUGUUUGGCUUUUUGGUUCCUCUCAUAUGCAUCAUAAUAUGUUACGGAUUCAUCGCACACAAGUUAGGCAAGAGUCAUUUUCACUCUGGACGAGUGUUUCGUAUCAUUUUGGCUGUAAUCGUGGCCUUUUUUCUGUGCUGGUUGCCGUAUCACAUAUUGCGUUUGAUAAUCAUGUACGGAGAGAAAUCAAGUCGCCAGGUGGCUUUGAUAGUAAAUCUGUUGGCCAUCUCUUUGGCGUAUUUCAACAGCUGUCUGAACCCCAUUCUGUAUGUUUUCAUGGGGCAGGAUUUUAAGAGCAAUGUAAAACUUUCUCUAAGACGUGUUUUUGAAAGAGUUUUCUCUGAGGAGGGAACACAAGCAUCACAAUCCACACAGCCACAACACACACACUCAGUGUAGAGAAGAUAUCAGCACAUUUAUACUAUAUAUACUGUAUAUGAGUUUUUUGCUUGAUUUGUAUUACUAUUUUAAU